GUGGCUGCUGUAACUUGAUUGUUCAACAUGUUAUCUGCUGUCUGGUCCAUGCUCUUUGUUCACAUGUUUUGUAUUACUUCUACUUCUACAAUUGGUCGUGAUGCGUCGUUACUCCCUGAUGAAUUCGGUUCCGGUUGUGUAUGUGAGGAAGGAUGGUUAUAUUUUCAAGGAAGCUGUUAUAAAUUAUAUACCCACGAAUCAACGUGGCAUACAGCCAGACGUUCGUGUCACUCUAUUCGGGCACAUUUGGUCGUGGUGAACAAUUCUGCAGAGAACAAUUUUCUUUACAAGACGUUUAAUAGAAGGAUGUGGCUUGGCAUGACAGAUAUGGAAUUGGAGGGUACAAUGAAAUGGAUUUCGACGGACACAGAGCCUUCCUACACAAAUUUUUUCAGGGGUCAACCAAACAAUUUAGAUGAUAAUGAAGACUGUGUCGAACUCAAAUUAACAGUUGAAGGAAAAUGGAAUGAUAUGCAUUGUGAUUUCAAAAAUGCAUACGUCUGUGAAAAGGCACUGGUAGAUUAUGAGGACCCUCGAUUUACCGGAUGUCCAGAAGACAUAAUUGUUGAUACAAUGCCGGGAAGUUCUUACGCAGAGGUCAGUUGGGUUGAACCAGAAGUAUUCGAUAAUGGACAUACAAGACCAGUAAAAAAAUCGCAUUCACCAGGAGAUUGGUUUGAACUCAACAACGGAAGAUCUGCAGUUUACACUGUGCGAUACAGAGUACACGAUUAUUCAUCGAACGAAGCUGAAUGUUACUUUAAUAUAACUGUCAAUGAUAACGAACCACCGCAUCUUAAGUGUCCACAGACAACAUCUAACUACUAUUCAACGAACUACGGCAGUAUUAUUUAUGCCACCACCGACGACGGAAGCCCGAAUGGCACCAUCACAUGGACUCCACUGGUAGCUAAAGAUAAUAGUGGAAUUUCUCCUACUAUCACAAGUUUCCCUUAUGAGCCUGGUGAGGUGUUCCCAAUGAACGACUUUCCACCAUACACGACAACAAUAAGAGCAACCGACGAAUCGGGAAACUCGAAAGAAUGUCAGAUCCAUUUUGUUGUUGUUGACAUUGAAAGUCCUGUUGUAAUUUGCCCAUCACACUCGAACAACUUUGUUGUAAGAACAUCGGAAUCUUCUUGGUCAGUGUGCACUGAUAAAGAAUCCUUUUCUGCUCGUUUGUACUGGUCACCAGCAAACGCUACCGACAACAGCGGCACUGUGGUGUCUGUUACCUCGAAUCAUAAUCCUGGGGAUGUAUUUCCGCUGAGUGAUGAUGCCUAUCAAAUAACGUACACUGCAAUCGAUGGAGAUAACAACGUGGGGAAUUGCUCAUUCUUUAUAACAGUUAAAGACUAUGCCAGUAACGUUACUUUUAAAUGUGGAACUGUGAAUGAACAUACUAUUAACUCCUCUGUUAAGGCUGUUUCAUCAACUUUGACAACAGUAACCCACAUGGAUGAGAAUAACACUGGUAAAUAUAAAAACGUGACAAAGUCAGCACUGGAAUCGGCAUCUUCAUUUCCAUCACUGAUUUCAACGUCGUCAUCAUCAUCAUUAUCAUCAUCAUCAUCAUCAUCAUCAUCGUCGUCGUCGUCGUCAUCAGCAUCAUCAUCAUUAACAUCAACUAUUAAUAGCCAAUUCUUUCCUACUACGGUGGACAGCGCUUCCAGUCUGCAAAAUGAAAAUGUUAAUACAUCAUAUGAAGCACUUCCAACUGUAGUACCAAGCGAAGUAUUCAUUUCAAAGAACACAUACAAGACAGCAGACGAUAAUAUAUACAACCCUACUACAUCCUAUAGCCUGGCGUCACGUCUUGCAGUUGGAUCCAAAAUAAAAAGUACUAAUAAAGGCAUUGGUGGUGUUAAAAUAGCGAUAAUAUGUUUGUGUAUAUUGGGAGUUUUAUCGCUCCUUAUCGUUAUUACCUUCAUUUUCAAAAAGAAAACACAUCAUAAAUUGGAUAAUAAUUUUCAUUCUUCAAAUGCUAGCGAAUUAGACUUCGAAAACCCAGUAUAUGAAUAUGAUUUGCAGAACCUGGAUAAAGAUUAGGGUGUGUCCAAAACUGAAGAAAGCGUUAAAACUACGGAUAAAUUUAAAGACAGCAAUUCUAAAAACUUAAUUAGGAAAGAUUUGGCCUAGUAUAGCAACUCUGCUUGGGCAUCAAUUUUAUAGAGUACCGUACACAGAACAAGAAUUAAUUGUAAAAACUUUUUGUGAAAGGCCUAAUUAUAUAAACUUUCUAGCAAAUAAUACAGUACUUAAUAAAAUGUAUUGCUUUUUUAAAUAUAAGUUCCAAUGAUAAAACUAAGGAGUCAUUCAAGUAUUAUG